AAGCUUGGAAGGAAACAUGGAGUCUGGUUUAACUAUCACCGCCCAAAAGCAUCGUAAGAAUAAAUCAACAUGUGAAGACGACUUAUUCUACAAGUUAACUGAAUCACUUAUAACUCACAUCAUCUCUUUUCUCCCAACCAAAGAUGCCGUUCGCACUUGUGUCUUAUCUAAACAAUGGAAACACCGUUGGACUUUCCUUACCAAACUCUCCUUACUUGAUCAUCAUGAUUCUUCCCCUUCUUCCAACUUUGUAAGCUUUGUUACCAGAGCACUGCUUCUUACUCGCACGGAAACAAUUUCCCUUUCCCUCUCAGGUCAAUACGACCUAUCCCUUCUUGAUGCAUGGUUCGGUAUAAUGUUAUUAGACGGAACACUCAAAAAUCUCCGAAUCCAUUCACAUUUUAAACUUCCCUUCUCUACAUUUGCGUCUAAUUCUCUUUUCAAAAUUACCUUAUUGUUGGAAAAAUUGGAAUUACACCCUGAGUCAAUUUCCCGCAUUAAAGUUCCCUCAAAACCUGAUAUUCAUUUUGGAAACCUAAAACAUCUAAAAUUGUAUCAAAUCAAAUUUAAGACCGACUCAACCAUAUCCCCCGACCAUAUUGACCUUAGGUUCCCACACCUAACAAAGUUUGAGGCUAUAAACUGCUCUUGGUUUCUUGAUUCUAGAGCGGUCUAUGUACACGCGCCUCUACUUCAAAGCAUAAACAUUAAAAAUGGCACUUGCUUGUUGUAUGGAGAGGACAACUCUGCUAUCAAUUUUGUAAGUUCUUUGCAUCUGCAAGGAUUCACUUUUGCGGGUUAUUGUAUACCACAAGGCAUUAUAAUACCGUUCCCAUGUUAUGCUUAUGCUACAAUCGCUAUAGAAAAGGGUCCAGUUUAUUCGCCAGAUCACUCAAUUUUUGGCCUUCUCAGCCAAUUCAGUAAUGCAAAACAAAUCAGAUUUCACGUAUCCGGGGAUCUGGCACCACCACCACCACAACUAUAUAUGUGUAUUUUCAAUGUUGACGAACUUAGAUGUUUACUUCGUUAGUGUUGAUGUUCUCUUAGCUUUACUUCAAAAAUCACCAGUUCUUAAGAUACUAGCUCUCAAGGGAAUACAUGAAUUUGCGGAAGAGCGUUUGAAUUCUGCUGUUGUGCCAAAGUGUUUCGCAUCUCUUGAAGAUGUGAAAUUUGACAUUGAUGGAGUCCAGCAUGAGCUGUUUUUAGCUAAAUUUUUUAUGGAAAAUUGUAUGAUGCUACAACGAAUUGCUUUGUUAGUUGAUAGUCGACAGGAUGCUGAGGUUUUGAAAGAAUAUGAGGAGAAGUUGUACUCAUUUGGUAGCCUCAAUUUAGUUUGUGUUGAAUUUUAUGUGUCCAAUUUUUAAGAAUUUUUAUUGUCUCUUAUGUAUUAUAGCAUUUUAACGAAUAUACUCUUUUAUUGUAUUUCCUUGUGUAAUACUGAUUUCGAUUAAUUUACUUUUGAAUUUUAUUUA